GGAAAUAUAGAUUAGGUCUUACCCGAACCUAAUUGAAAAAAAGGAAAUAUAGAUUCGGGAAAGAAAAUCGAUCGCUGUCUAUAAAUAAUAGAAUUGGAAGCAGAAAUAGUCCCACACAAUAAUUUCUCACAUCUCUCUCUCCUGCUCGUCCGCUUGCUCUGUUCUCCUGCUACUACUAUUACGUUUAUUCCAAUUUCGUUUUAGGGUUGUUAGAGAAUUUGAUAUUUGCAUCUCUUUUGUAAAUUCGUUUUAGGUUUUUAGAAAACUUGUUCACCGGUUUCGUAUAUUAUCUAUCGUUCGUCGCUGUUGUGUUGUCCUUUUCUUGGGUUUUGGUUAAUCAGUUUUUUUUUUAUCGUCGAUCGGUAUUGUGUUUGUGUGUUUUGUAAUAAUGAAUGCAGGUAUGAUGAACUGGAAGGAACAUGGUCGGAAGAUUCCCAAGGAAAAUCUGGACAGAUUCAUACCGAACAGAUCAGCUAUGGAUUUCGACUUUGCUCAUCACGCCCUCACCGAAGCCCUAAUCGAAGCAAGAGACGGCAAAAAAGAAGAAGCGCUGGAGCUCUCACCCUCCAAAGAGGCUUACAGGAAGCGUUUGGCGGAAACGCUCGGUCUCAACCGCACCCGUAUUCUCGCCUUCAGGAACAAACCUCAACCUCCUCCCCACUCUCAUUAUUACUCUCACCACCAACAACAACAACCUCUAAAGCCUCGCCGACGACGCAUUCCUCAGUCUUGUAGCAAAGUCUUGGAUGCUCCCAACAUGCUUGACGACUUCUACCUCAACUUGCUUGACUGGGGUUCUCGUAACGUCUUAGCUAUUGCCUUGGGCCACACUCUUUACCUCUGGGAUGCUUCUACCGGCUCUGUAUCUGAGUUCGUGACCAUUGAGGAAGACCAAGGACCCAUCACAAGCAUAAGCUGGGCACCUGAUGGUUCCCACGUUGCACUUGGCCUCGACAACUCUCAAGUCCAGCUUUGGGAUUCUUCAUCCAACCGCAAGAUAAGAACUUUGAACGGUGUCCACCACUCUAGAGUAGGAUCACUUGCAUGGAACAAUCACAUCCUCACAACCGGAGGAAUGGACGGGAUGAUUGUCAACAACGAUGUCAGGAUCAGGUCGCAUGUUGUGGACACUUACAGAGGUCACACUGGGGAGAUUUGUGGACUCAAGUGGUCAGGUUCUGGAAUGCAGCUUGCUAGUGGUGGCAACGAUAAUGUGGUUCACGUAUGGGAUCGCUCUUCUGCGUCUCCCACGCAAUGGCUGCACAGGCUUGAGGAACAUACUUCCGCCGUGAAAGCUCUUGCUUGGUGCCCCUUCCAAUCGAAUUUGCUUGCAACUGGUGGUGGUGGAAUAGAUGGGGCGAUCAAGUUCUGGAACACUCACACCGGAGCUUGCUUGAACUCUCUAGACACAGAAUCCCAAGUGUGUGCUUUGUUGUGGAGCAAGAAUGAUAGAGAGUUGCUUAGCUCACAUGGGUUUUCUCACAACCACCUUGCACUUUGGAAGUACCCAUCCUUGGUGAAAAUGGCUGAGCUCACUGGCCAUACGUCAAGAGUUCUGUAUAUGACACAGAGUCCUGAUGGCUGUACCGUUGCUUCUGCAGCAGGAGACGAGAGUUUGAGGUUUUGGGAUGUUUUUGGAAUGCCAGAGACUGCCAAAAAACCUGAUCAGAAAGCAGCAGCCCAUGAGCCAUUUUCUCGCGUGCCUCGUAUCCGUUGAAACUGUCAUAACAACAAGCCACAAGGUAUCUCCUUCAAUUUUUUUUAUUCUUUCUUGUAUUUCCAAGUAAAGUUUUCUAAUGAAAGUUGUUGAGUCAAACAUAUGUUUCAGUUGUCCAUAUCAUUUAACCUCGCUUCCUUA